AUGGAUGAUGAUGAAGAGUUUGACGACGACUAUGACUUUGAAGAUGAUUUUGAGAGUGAUGAUGAACAGGAUCUUUAUGCUGGAGACGGAGGUGCGGGUGGCGGAAUAUCCCUUGCUGGCACAUGGUGGGACAAGGAAGCUUUAGCAUUGGCAGAACAGGUCUCAGCAUUAUUUGAUGAUGACUUGAAAAUCUAUGCUUUCAAGACAGCUGCAAAUUUGACCAUUAGAGUACGCAUUGAGAAGAUGUCCACCAGGUACGGUUCUCCAACUAUAGAUGACAUUGAAGCUUACACAAUUGCAUACCGUGCAAAGUUGGACGAUGCAGAGUCAACAGGAAAGAUACCAAAGAACAUAUCCUUGGAGGUGUCAUCCCCUGGCGUGGAGAGAGUUAUCCGUGUCCCUGAAGAGCUUGAGCGCUUCAAAGAACGGGCAAUGUAUGUCAGAUACACUACAGCAAGCGAUGAGGCAGCCACGCCUCAGGAAGGUGACGGCGUGCUGAGGCUAAUUUCCUAUGACAUGGACCUGCGAGAGUGCAUCUGGGGCAUAGCUGACGUGAAGAUAAACCGGCAGCAGUCUGGCAAGGGCAGGCCCCUGAGCAAGAAGCAGAGGGAAUGGAGGCUGCAGACACCGUUUGAGUCGCUGAAGUUAGUCAGGCUGUACUCUGAAUGUUGA